AUGGCUUCUUGUGUGGGUGAAGAAAAUAAAGUAGUCAUCAAAAAAGAUUGGUACCAAUCAGAGUCUCAAGUGAUUGUUAGCAUUUUGGGUAAACAUACAUCAAAAGAAGACUGUUGCGUAAAAUUUGACAAAGACCAAGUAACUAUUCAAGCAAAAUUCGCCACUGGUCAACCCUAUACUGUUAAUUUAAAACUGAGCAAACAUAUUGCACCCAACUUUAGUACCUAUAGAGUUCUCUCGUCAAAAUUGGAGAUACGCCUUGCAAAGGUUGAAGAGGGAAUGUGGGACGUACUAGAGAAAACCGUAGUGAAAACAACCAAGCCCUCCUCCACUAUCCAGCCCCGCAAUUGGGAUAAGGUUGUCAAAGAUAUGACAAAAGAAGAAGAUGAUAACGAUGUUAACACUCUGUUCAAGAAAAUAUAUUCGGACGGUUCGGACGAAGUGCGCAAGGCUAUGAACAAAUCAUUUAUGGAAUCUGGGGGCACCGUUCUAAGUACAAACUGGAGAGAUGUCGGCAAGGAUAAAGUAGAUAUUAAACCUCCAGAAGGGAUGGAGUGGAAGAAAUGGGACGAAUGA